CUUUUCCCCAGGCAGUUUGGCAAAGUUAACAGUGGAUUUGUGAUCAAAACACGGUGGAGGAAGAGAUCUCAAAACAGCUCUGCCUUCCUCUUUGUGAUUUUUUCCAGUUUUCUAAAGGUGAGAGUAAUGGGAGAGUAACAUUUCAUGUUUACCCACUGAUUCGCUAUUGGCUUGCAAGUCAGUGGUUUUAGCUAAAAAUCGUCUCCUGAACUUUCUGUUGUGACACUGCAUUUAUCUGUUCCAAAAGGUUUACUUUGUGUUAAUUGUCUCACAGUGUACUUUUGGGUUUUAGUAGUGGACAAUUGGUUUCUUUGCUAAUUGACUUGUCCUGAUGAUCCACUUAUAUCCUGAACUGCUGUUAGGGAAAGUUCAUUUAAUAUGACAGGGGGGGGGGAUGAAGAUAUUGAGAGGGGGCUCCAAAAUUUUUAGACACCCGAAGGGGGGCUCUGAAAAAAUUGUUGCGCUAGGAGGGGGGGCUCCGAAAAUUUGUAUACUUCGAAACCAACACAUGACAUCAUCAUACAGAUCGGAUGGUUUUCAACUCAACAAUUUAAUGACCUGUGCAACUCAGCUAUAUCACGUGGUUUACAGAUAUAACAAAUGUAGUCUCAGUAAUUAUUACACUCUUGUUCAUCCCAAAAAUGCUUUAGAAAAUUGUAUCACAACUGUAUCUCAAGUUUGUCAUAGUAUAAACCAUUGAAGACAAUAACGGUAAAUAUAUUUAAUACAGUCUAGCGAUCUUUUUUCAGGGGAGCAAAGGAAUUGAAGGAGGAGGGGGGGGGGGGGUCUGAAAUUUUUUCGACUACCAAAGAGGGGGCUCCUAAAAAAUUGAACCGCUAGCGAGGGGGGCUGCUAAAAUUUCAAGCUUCGAGUUUCAAUAUCUUCAUCCCCCCCCCUUGUCAUAUUAAAUGAACUUUCCCUUAAGUAUUGGCAACUCCUUGCACUUUAAAAAAAAUGCAGCUUUACGUCUCCUACUGGAGACAGGACCACUAUUUUUUUACGUGGUCAUCCAAGCCACGCAAAGGUCUAACCAUUUGCAGGGAAAAGGUAGUACCUUCAUUUCUCAGUUAUUUGAAGACCCUGUGAGUAUUAGUCCAACCCCGGGAAUCAAACUCACGACCUCUUGCUCAGCAGUCAAGUGCUCUACCAGCUGAGCUAAUCCUGUUGCGGUUUUGAUACUAAUGUUGCUCCAUUCCUUUCUGUGUCUAAGACUAGGGUGACCUAGUUUGUGCCUUCCUGUCCUGUUUUUUUAUCAUUGCUUUUAAUCUCAUUCUCUGUAGCAUCAUCUCUUCUGCCGCCAUCUUCACCAUCUUGGGAAGCAAGGGUUAAAUCACGUUAAAUCCCCGCUUCUGUCCCUACUUCCUAAGGGGGCUAGGGUUUCAAUUGACUGAUGUAUAAUGAUAAACAGUUCUCCAAGUACAUCCACAGCUCAAUGGUGCAUGUUGAGCCGUUUAGAUUUGUUGCACUACAGUAUGUGGUCCUUGGUCCGCGUGUAAAAGUCAUUAACUUGAAUAUCUUACCCAAAUCUUCACGUAACGAGCUGAAAUACUCCCUGAAGAUAGCUUUUAUGUUCCUGUCAAUAAUCCUGAAGUUUCAAGUUCCAGACAUAAAUAUUUUGCUUGGAAUUCGCAAAAAGGCGACCGUUUUCGAUGGUCCUUGGUCCGCGAAUCUGGUCCUUAGUCCGCGUCUCAGGUAAGCAGCAUGAUAAAAACGUAAACAUGUUAAAGUUUCCACACAAAAACGUGAUUUUCACAGUAUUUCUUGUACUUUUUUCUUUUCUUGAUGCAAUUAAGCUAAAGUUUUUUUCGGAAGAUGUUGUGAGCAUAAGAUAAUCUGCUUUUCUUUCAAAGACUUCAGACAACAGUCUCCUCGAGUCUCCCGCACGAGCGUCGACGAGCGGUUUUUAGAUCUUUUUAGCGCGGUCGAAAAUAAUUACCAAAAACUCUGUAUGUACUUGAGGUAUUAAAAAAGAGAACUUGUCGACAUGUAUAGGGACGACUUUCAAAACAUUCUUCGAAAACAAAGGCCGUCGCUUUUUUACUUUGGUAAGUUUUAUUCAACCAAGGUCAUAGGACGUGGACCAAGGACCGCUAAGCGAAAUUUGGUGAUAUUUUUCAAGAGUCGCUAAAACAAAAAAUUCAGAGUCUACAGCAAUAUGCUUCCAACAGCAGAAAUAAGUUGAUCUGAAAACCUGUUCUGCAAAAAGGCAAGUCUUCCCGUUGCGUUUUAGUUAUUCGCAGGCUAAGUAAACAUGACCACGUACAGUUUACGGUGCCGCAAAAAUCCAAACUUCAAGAAAGACAAAUUAACCUACCUGUCAACAAACUUUAAUUUCGCGUCUUCACCGGCAGCAAGAAGGCUGAAACUUCGUCAUAUGAAAGAAUGCUAAUCAGUAAAUCACGAUAUCUUUCAUUACUCAACGUAUUUUUUUUCUCGACGAAAUAUUUUAUCAUUUUCGGAAAAGAGGCGGACCAAGGGCAUCGGGGACUUGCGCGGACCAAGGACCACAUACUGUACAUAAUAAACGGGCAAAAACAUUUAUAUCGGUAUUUUCAGUUAGUGGAGUCAAUGAGUGUGUUGUCAUUCGCUAAGCUGUACUUUGGAGUGUGCGAAUAAUUUUCUCUUUGAAAACUUUGUGUAAAAAACAAUUCUUUGUGCUCGUUAAGUAGUUUUAAAUCAUUGUUAUUCUGAAUAGACUUUGUGCAUUGCUCUUAAUGUUAAGAUAGUAACCUUUGAAAACUACCAGGUAAAAAAAGGUCUCAUAAUGUUGAUGCAUACUCUUUUGAGCAGGCACUAGCUUUCGCCACUAAGUUAAACCAGGCUCGUAAGAUGCUUAUCGAUAUUACUCAACUUUGUCUUGUCCGGGAUAACUAA